CGGAGCUCAGCUGAUCGUGACGCACCGCAUUCACAGCAGAGGGCGAGGGACAGACACAUAUAGGAGUUGGGUCUCGGUGUCACGCUGAAGUAGCUGUAAACGGGUGAUUCUGACGGUAUUCCGUACUCACGCGGACGUUAAAAGAGCGUCAGUUCCUGUGAUCCGUGUCUCAGGAGUCGGGACCGACUAGCGCUUCACCGAGAUAUCCCAGCCCUGUUUACAGAAGCACGGCUCCUCCUGGCUGGAUACACUUCUAAAAAAGGUGGACUAAACUGAAGGCCGCAAUGGUGGAUUACUAUGAUGUUCUGGGAGUGUCACGAAAUGCUUCUCCAGAUGACAUCAAGAAAGCUUACAGGAAACUGGCUCUGCGGUGGCACCCUGACAAAAACCCAGACAACAAGGAAGAGGCGGAGAAAAAAUUUAAGGAGAUAGCGGAGGCCUAUGAAGUUCUUUCAGACACAAGCAAACGAGAUGCUUACGACAGAUACGGUAGAUCAGACAUACCAAGCUCGGGCUCUGGUGGUUCUUCAUUUCCUGAUGACUUCCCAGGAUUCAGCUUCACAUUCCGCAGCCCAGAUGAGGUGUUUCGAGAGUUCUUCGGAGGGCAGGACCCAUUCGCAGACUACUUUGAUGAUUUCCCAUUUGGUGGAAUGCACAGUGGGCUUCACAGCUCCUUCUCCAGGCUUGGGCCCAGUCGCUUCUUCUCUUUCCCCUCAGCAAAUGCUGAUUUCACCUCCUUCUCUUCUUCAAUGGGUGGGAUGGGCAACAUGGGAGGAGCAAACUUCAAGUCUGUUUCUACUUCCACCCGCAUUGUCAAUGGAAAACGUAUUACCACAAAAAAGGUCAGAGAAAAUGGCCAGGAGAGAACAGAGGUUGAGGAGGAUGGGGUUUUGAAAUCGGUCCUCAUCAAUGGUGUGGAGGAUGAGAUGGCCUUAGCUCUGGAACUGAGUCGUAGAGAGCAGUCCAGUCAGCCUCCCAGACAAUCCCAGCAUCCACUGCUCCACCCCUCCAACAACAGCUCUCCAAACCCCGCUCUACGCUCCUACAGCGCUGCCCCGUUCUACCACUGCCCCGAUGCCAGUGAAGAUGAGGAGGAUGAAGACCUGCAGAUGGCACUGGCCUACAGCUUGUCAGAGAUAGAGGCCCAGCAGCGGGCAGAGGACGUGAUCUCAGGUGCUGAGGGAGGGAGGGAGAAGCAACCAGGUGGUGGGAAGGGUGCCGUUCAAAAAAACACAGAUCAGAAAGAAGUACCGGAUAAUUCAAAACAAAGCACCCCCUCGUCUCCAGAGGAUAGACUGACCGAACAGGGUCGGGCUAGAGGUUCAGAAAGUGUUGUUGUACAGGAUAAGGAGAAUGACAAAAUGACAGCCAAUGGGACUAAUGUGGUAAAAAAGAGGAGGAAGUGUCGGUGUGUGGUCUGUUAGUAAGAAUAUGGAGAAUAAUCAUGCUUGUGUGAAAUUACCAGAGUUAUAAUCUUAUGUUUUCAUCUUAUGGUUGUUUUUUUAAUCCUUCCUGAAGUUUUUGAGUGUGCUUUGACUUGCAGCUCUUAUGGCAUUGCACAAAUGACUGUUGAAAUUGUAUUUUCUCGCAUUGAGAUAUGAGUAACAGGUGCCAAAAUGUGUUUAUUCACCACAAAGUCAGGAAAUUUUACAGGAAAUUUUGAAGGAACUGUUUGCAAUAUUUUA